AUGGAGAAUUACACGACAGUGAAUGAGUUUCUUUUGCUGGGUCUGAUCUCCAUUCAGGAACUUCAACCUGUAAUCUUCAUGAUUUUCUUCAUUCUAUACAUAAUAAACCUGUUGGGAAAUGGGGCUAUAUUAUUGAUCAUCAUUUUAGAGCCAAGACUCCACUCCCCUAUGUAUUUUUUUCUGGGAAAUCUUUCUUGUCUGGAUAUCUGCUAUUCUUCAGUGACACUGCCCAAACUAAUGUCAAACCUCCUCUCCACCCGUAAAGCCAUAUCUUUCCUAGGUUGCAUCACUCAGAUACACUUCUUCCACUUUCUGGGCUGCACUGAAUCCAUCUUGCUGGCCAUGAUGGGCUUUGACCGAUUCGUGGCCAUCUGCUACCCACUUCGUUACUCUGUCACCAUGAACCCCCAGGUGUGUAUUCUCUUGGCAGCUGUGACCUGGUUCACCAGUUUCUUUUAUGCUCUGAUGCAUUCUGUCAUGACUGCACGCCUGAAGUUUUGCUCUCAAAAACUCAACUACUUCUUCUGUGAUGUCAAGCCCCUUUUAGAAUUGGCUUGUGGGGAUAUACGGCUCAAUCAGUGGCUCAUCUAUAUUGUCACUGGCAGCUUAGCUAUGGCAGCAUGCUUUCUCACCCUGCUCUCCUACUGCUAUAUUAUCAGCUUUCUUCUGUUCAAGAACCGGAACUGCAGUGUGCUCCACAAAGCUCUGUCCACUUGUGCCUCUCAUUUCAUGGUGGUAUCUCUCUUUUAUGGAACUGUGGGGCUCACCUACAUAACCCCUACCUCUGCCACCUCUGUAAAACAGAGUCGGUUUGUGGCUGUCAUACACACUACUGUCACUCCAGUAAUGAAUCCACUGAUAUAUACCCUUAGGAAUAAGGAAGUGAUGUUGGCUCUGAAGAAAGUCUUUGGGAAGAAGCUGUUUGCCUAA